UCGAAGCAACAGUGCAACUGGGAAAACUACGCAACAGUUGAUUUUCACCAUUUAUAAUUUAAUUUUUAAUUGCAUUUGUGUUUGAGGCAUAAAAGAAAAGUAAUUUUAUAACAAUUAUUGAUAACCAAGUAAUUAUCAAAUUAAUUUGAAUACAUAAAAUAUGAAUCAUCUGUGUGGCAUACGUUUGUCCACGGUUGGUGUGGUUGUGGGAUGGUUCAAUUUAAUUGGAGCCGUUUUUUCCACCAUCCUGCUAAUUGUGGCCUUUACACGUAUCGAUGAAGUCGUUCAAAUGAUAGAAGAACAAAUGAAGGAUCCCAAUAAUGUUGACAUACGUACAGCUGUUAUCAUUGCAUUAAGUAUUUAUCUGACUGUAAGUUUGGCGAAUGUAUUUGCCUCGGCUAUGCUGAUUGUGGGUACUGUCAAAGAAAGACACUUGUUAUUGACGCCCUGGCUUAUAAAUGCAUACAUCUUUAUAUUCUUCAAUGUCUUGAAUUUCAUUUACAUGACUUAUGUGUCCAUUGUUAGCAGCGUUCCUAUAGGUUCGAUGAUAUUUGCUAUAGUAGCAGCAGGCCUAAGUUUGGUCUUUCAGUGCACUAUUUGGAAUGCUAUUUAUUCGCUGUAUCAACAGAUUCGUGCUAAUCGUGAUCUACAGCAACGUCUCUUGCCCACCACCUCCAAUAAUUCGUAUACCAAUUACACCAAAAUGCCAGCAACACCAAAUUAAAUUUGAAUUUGCCCGAAAAGAUCUUAAUUUGUUAAAUUUCGCUUGUCAUUGUAUUUAACCGAUAUAGGUAUACGUUUUAUUUAAUGUGGCCGUAUUGAAAAAAAAAAUAGUAUUUGUUUAAACUAUACAUUAUUCUCAAGGUGUAUAAUCAAAUUAAUCUCCUUUGUAUACUAUACACAUGUCGAUAUAUACUUAUCUACAUAAAUAUCUACAUACAUUUAUAAAACUAUACAUAUAAAAUAUAUACAUACAUAUAUUUAAAUAUAAAAUUUCUUUAAAAUUGAUGUAAAUAA